CGGGUGCCAACAGCCAGGACUUUCCAUGUGGGACCCCUUCCAGAAUGCGGCCAUGGCCGGCCCCAGCCUGUACAAAGAGAGCGGGGAUGCCCACCAACGAAGUUUUGACCUGGGCGUCCAGGUCGGCUACCAGCGGCGCAUCAGAGAUGUGCUGGAGUGGGUGAAAAAGGGCAGGAGCACCAUUCGCCGCGAAGACCUGAUUAGCUUCCUGUGUGGCAAGGUGCCCCCCGCUCCUCCCCCGCCGCGCACCCCCAGGAUGCCCCCGAAGCCACCUGCGGGGGCCCCCAGCCCGGCUGCGGCCCCAGAGGCCAGCUCCUCUGUGGACGUCGACCUGCAGCCCUUCCACGAGGCCGUCGCUCUGCAUGGCCUCAGUGGUGCCAUGGCGAGCAUCAGCGUGCGAUCUGGUGCACCGGGCUCCCCACCUCAAGGCAGUGGUGUCGCCAGUAACGGGCGUCGAAAAAGUAGCUUCCUCGAGAACGAGUUGAACCCCUUCACCUCAGAAGAUCUGGCUCUGCGCCUGGACAGUGCGGGGAUCCGUAAGCGCAGCUCAGCUCAGUGUGGUGAUGGCAUCACACAAUCCCCAACCCACAAGCGCAACCGAAUGAUCUAAACUGCCUCUCUCUUCGCCAGCCACCGUAUUGCUUGUGAGCCAGUCCGACCUUCAACAUGCUGGUUGAAAGGGUCCUGGAGAACAUCUUCCUUCAUUCUCUAAGUCAAACAGAGAUCUCUAUCCAACUUUGCCAUAAAGAAACUUUAGACGUGUUCCUCAAGGGGUCUCCUCUGACACCGACUUAACAGACAAAUAUAAUCCUAGCAGAGAACAUGUAGUCGCUAGCAAGAUCAUGUACGAGCAAACGUAUCCGGUCAAGGCGGGAGCCUGGUAUUAUCUUGUUCACAGUUAUAUUCCUUAGCACCUAGCACGGUUGCUGGUGCUCAAUAAAUGUUUGUUGAAUGAA